AUCUUCCACGUCCUCACACCCAACUUCAACACACACUCCUAGACCAUAGACACCAUGAGCAACCUCGACUGGGACAGCAAGACCGUUAUCGGUUUCAAGGCCAAGGCUCCCAAAGUUACCAGGAAUGCUUCAGAUCUGAAUGGUGCUCGACGAGUUGGUGCCGUCGUGGCGACAGACAAGAAGGUGACCGCAGGGCUGAACAAGGCCCAUCAGGGCACCGACCAUCAGCGGAUAGCCAAGCUUGACCGCGAAAACGAGGUCGCGCCACCACCAAAGAUCGCGCCCACCGUUGGAAAGGCCAUCCAGACCGCACGCAUGGAGAAGCAGCUCUCGCAGAAAGACCUCGCGCAGAAGGUAAACGAGAAGCCGUCCGUCAUCCAGGACUACGAGUCCAGCAAGGCCAUCCCGAACCCGCAGAUCCUCAGCAAGCUUGAACGCACUCUCGGGGUGAAACUCCGUGGUGCGGACAUUGGCAAGAAGCUGGGGGGGCCGAAGGGACCGUAGGUCGACCCCUCCACGACACGUCACUACGGCAUAACGGACUUCGUUUUCUGCGCUCUGCAUCUUGCAUCUGUAUAAUCGAUGGCGUCUCCUGCCAGUUGUCACAGUAGAGCUCUCCUUACCCGUCAGUGUUAUCGCAUGACAACAUUGCCAAUGUUUUGAAUAUGU